GCAUUACGACUUGAGUCAGUCAGCGCAUUCUGCUCUCAGGUAAUGUUAGGCUAAGUGACACUUUAGCAUUAAAAUGCAAAUGCAAGACUCGACGGAGAACGUAUCGGGUUUGAACUGCGCGGUAACAGACGUAACUAAAACGCGAAUGCUCUUUAAAUGAGCUGAAAAUAACACAAAUAUCCGGGAUUUCCGGUGGGAAUAUACGGAAGAGAGGUGUUGUGUGCGCUACGUGGCCACCUGUGACAGCAGCAGCUCGCAUUGACAGUUUGACAUGAUGGAGUUUGACAGAGCAGAACAUGACAACGACAGGGUCGAGAAAACCGGCGAGAACGGCAUUAACACCGAGACUCCCGCUCCCGACACCGAGGCACACCGGGAAUCAUGCGAAGAUCGUGAAGAGUCUCAGAAGUCCUGGAGUUUGGAGAGAAACUGGGGGUUUACUUUAGAGGAGCUCUUCAAACUUGCGCUGAAAUUCUUUAAAGAGAUGAAUGGGAAGGCAUUCAACCCAACAUAUGAGGAAAAUCUCCGUUUGGUUGCACUACAUAAGCAGAUCACAAUUGGUCCCUAUGAUCCAAAAGCAUGUUCAGAAAUUGGCUUCUUUGACGUACUGGGAAGCGACAGAAGGAAAGAAUGGCUACGGCUGGGCAGCAUGGCUAAAGAAGAUGCCAUGGAGGACUUUGUGAAGCUCCUGAACUCCUGUUGUAGUCUGUUUGCACCGUAUGUGACAUCACAUAAGAUUGAGAAGGAGGAACAAGAGAUGAGACGAAGAGAAGAGGAAGAGCGUCUCAGGCUGGAGAGAGAAGAGCAGGAGCGGCGGCGGCUGGAAGAAGAAGCACGACACAGAGAAGAAGAAGAGAGGAGGUUAAAAGAGGAUGAACAGAGAAGAAAAGAAGAGGCAGAGAGGUUACAGAUAGAGCGGCAAAAACAACAUAUCAUGGCUGUUCUGAAUGCACAAACCAUUGUGCAGUUUCAGCAGUAUGCCAAACAGCAGUAUCCAGACAGUCCAGACCAGCAGCAGUUACUCAUCAGACAGCUGCAGGAACAGCAUUACCAGCAGUACAUCCACCAGGCCCUCCGCCUACAGCAGAUGGCCUUGCAGAAGCAGCAAGACUCAAAUGUGACUCAAACCCCAGAAGCUCUUUCUGCUCCUGUGUCAGAUGAAGCUGCGCUCACCUGCAAUCCCAACAGCCAAUCAAAUUCAUUAGAAAAUCAGGAACAACAGACAGACUCAAAAACCUUCCAGUUGUGUGUGGAAGGCAAAACAGGAGAAGUGCCCAUCAUUGCCCCCUCUAUGUGGACACGGCCUCAGAUUAAGGAGUUUAAGGAAAAGGUGGUGCAAGAUCAUGACUCUGUGAUCACAGUAAACCAAGGGGAGGUGUUGACAGUACGGGUGCCCACUCAUCAGGAUGGCUCACAGCUGUUUUGGGAAUUCGCCACCGAUCACUACGAUAUCGGUUUUGGGCUUUUCUUUGAGUGGAAGGACUUGACCAAGCCAGCAAGCACUGAGACUACAGAAACUAAAGAAGGCACAGAACAAGUUAAAGGAGAGGAGCAGGCAGGACAGGGCAGAUGUCCACUGGUGCAUGAGGUUGUUCCUGUUUCCCGUCGUGACAGCCAUGAGGAGGUUUAUGCAGGCAGCCACCAGUAUCCUGGUCAAGGAGUUCAUCUUCUGAAAUUUGACAAUUCCUACUCCCUCUGGAGGCCAAAGGUUGUCUAUUACAGAGUUUAUUACACUAGAUAAACACCAGCAGACCAGGUUCUGCACUCACAAUCCACCUGUGAGCAUCUUGAGAGUCUUUAACAGAGGCACACUACUCAAGCUGUUGAAAUAUGUUGUUUGAUUUGAAUGCAAAGGUAUUUGCAUUGUGUUCUCAAGAUACAUGAAUCCUAGUUUGGAGUCAUGAUCUAAAGUCCUUGGAAGUCCUGUGCUUUUAGAAGAAAUUUUAAGAAAACAAAAUUUUCCGAUAUCUUUUAUGUUUAUGUUGAAUCAAUGAAGGAAUGGUGCAUAUUAAUUAGUUUUUAAUUGAUGCGAUUGAUUCAAGCACUUUAAAUAAAAUAAAAAAAAUAUGAUGGUGAUAUUUCACUAAGUAUUUCUUGGGUUUAUAGGACUUAAAAAAAUUGUUUUGUGGAUGGUUGAUCAAGCAAUAGUAAUUUAAUAUCUGUUACUUUUUAUAUUAAGGCCUAAUCUUAUUGUAAACUUAAUUAUUCUUUUCUGUUUUAUAUGUUAAUUAUAACCAGAUGUUAAGGAUUGUAUCUAUAUGUUUGCACAAAAAAAUAUAUUUGUGCAUAAAAGCAAGUCGAGAACAUACUAGUACUAGUUCUCCAAAAUACUGGCUUUCUGGUAAAGGUCCAUAUUAACAUAUUUUGUGUAUUUUCUUGCCUAAAGCAGACAUAUAUGCAACAUAUAUGCAACUACGCAGACACCACAAUGUUGUACUCUACAAUGAUGGAGAUGUGUUCUGUGUAGAUGUAGAUAAAGCGGUUAAAAAGAUUCUAAAUACAUUGGAUUAACUUCAGAUAAUAGGUUAAAAAAUGACAAUUUUUAACACUGUGUGAGAACAUUAUAUGUUUCAUUUGAAAUAAAUGCUUUCAUACCCUACAA